AUGCAACACCUGGAAAAGCCACAGCUGGAACAGCUAAAGGCGAGGGAGACCAUCUGGCAGAAGCAAACUGCCAGCAAGCCAGAGUGGAGUCCUGCCUGUGUCAGGGUUUGGGAAUUGGUUGGCAACCUGAACAAAAGGAACCUGAGCAACAUUAGGCACCUGCUGUUUAUGCUGCUCUGGGGGCUCCCCCAGCUUGGGGGAAGUUUCAAGAUCCUGCAAAGGAGUUUCCCGGUCCGCUGCCUCCAGAUCUCGUCCUUCAGCAGCAGCAGGAGGUGCACGGACUGCUUGGUGUGGCUGGGGGAGCUGCAGACCCACAGUUGGAGCAAUGACUCGGACACCCUCCAGUUACUGAAGCCCUCCUGGUCUCAGGGAAAAUUCAGGGACCAGCAGUGGGAGACGCUGCAGCACAUAUUUCAGGUUUACCGAAGCAGCUUCAUCAGGGACAUUCGGGAAUUGGCCAAAAAGGUGCACAUAGUCUAUCCCAUUGAGAUCCAGGUGUCUGCUGGCUGUGAAGUGCAUCCUCGGAGAGAUUCAGAAAGUUUCUUGCACGUGGCAUUUCAAGGGAGAGAUAUUAUGAGUUUCUAGGAAUCUUCUUGGAAUCCAGCCCUGGAUGCCCCACAGUGGGCCGAGAUUGCCCACAGAAUGCUCAACAAGUACGAAGGGACUCGGAAAAUGAUACAGCAGCUCCUCAGUGACACUUGCCUCCAGUUUGUCAGUCGCCUCCUUGAGGCAGGGAAGUCAGAACUGGAGAAGCAAGUGAAGUCCAAGGCCUGGCUGUCCAGUGGCCCCACUCCUGAGCCUGGCUAUCAGCUGCUGGUGUGCUAUGUCUCCGGAUUCUACGCAAAACCCAUGUGGGUGAUGUGGAUGUGGGGUGAGCAGGAGAAGCCAGGCACUCAGGGAGGUGACAUCCUGCCCAAUGCUGAUGGGACAUGGUAUCUCUUAGUGACCCUGGAUGUCCUGGCUGGGGAUGCAGCUGGCUUGACUUUCCAGGUGAAGCACAGCAGUCUAGGAGGCCAGGACAUCAUGCUCUACUGGGAUGGGAGCCACCUCUCCAUAGGCAUAAUCAUCUUGACAAUACUGGCAUGCCUGGCCUUCCUUCCUGUGCUCAUUGUAGGCUUAACCUUCUGGUUUAAGAGGCACCAGUAA